CAUCAGGUUUAGUUUGUAAACAUUUUCAAAAAAAGCAAGGAAACGAAUAUUUUUUUGCAAUUUUUAUAAUAGUCAACUGUUAAUCAUUUGAUAAUAACAAUAAUAAUACAAAAUAGAACUUAUGAGUCUUAUAAAACCUCAACAGCUUCGGAUUUUCAUGUAAUCUAAUGUGAUUUAUCUUAAAAACACUGUUUAGUUAAACCAAAAUGUUUGGUCACGACAUCCGAAACUACGAUAUGAAAGUGGAAUUGACUAAAUGCUUCAACGGCCAUGGAAUCGUAUAUUUGGCGCAGCAUUUACCCUCCCGGCAACAUGUAGCAAUCAAAAAGUUCCUGAUGGAAGAUCUUAAAAAUGAUUUCAAUCUCAUUAUGGAGGAAUCCAAACAUUUGAGAGAGUUCAAUCACCCUAAUAUCCUUAGCUACCAUACGGCUUUCGUACAUAAUUUGGACCUGUACUUCAUUCUACCUCUGAUGUGCUUUGGAUCGUGUCGAGAUACUAUGAAUAACUAUUUUGAAACUGGGUUCCCGGAAACGUUGCUAGCCUGUAUACUGCGGGACGUCGUACUGGGACUAGAGUACCUACACAGAAAAGGGUACAUUCAUCGUUCCAUUAAAGCCAGUCAUAUUUUCCUCAACGAGUCGAGGGCUAUCAUGGGGGGAUUCCGGGUCUGCACGAGCUUCCUAGGAGAGGGCAAACGGGUAAAGAAUCUGCACGAACUCCCCCCACAUUCUACCAAGAGCCUCAACUGGUUAGCACCGGAAGUGCUGGCACAGAAUCUACUGGGAUACACAGAAAAGUCCGACAUCUACAGUCUGGGCAUAACGGUGUGCGAGUUGGCCAAUGGGGUAGAACCAUUCAGCAACUUUCAACCCACUCUGAUGCUGACAGAGAAGUUGAGGGGCUACCAACCGUUGCUGCUGGACUGCACGACCAUCCCAAGUGAAGAAGUAUUCGCCCAGGCAAUAGACUCCGGCAUGGGGGAUAACAACUCGUCGCAAACGCGCCAGAUCUACGCGCAAAGACAAUUCUCCGAUGCGUUACAUAAAUUCGCCGAGUUGUGUUUAGUAUGUAACCCUAAUGAAAGAUCAAGUGCACUUGAAUUACUUAAUCAUCCUGUAUUCAAACAGUGUAAGCACACAAGCAUAAGAGACCAAUUUGCUGCAUGUGGAAUCGAAAUGGCGGAUUUCAAUACACUAAAAGGUGACGAAUCGAAUCUAUCUAAUGAAUUCUCUGGCAUGACGAUGGAUACCGGUGGCAGCAGCUUCGAGUGGGACUUUUAGGUAGCGAAAUAUAAUGUUCCUUCACAGCUUAGCUAUCAGCGAACCUCAUCCCGAAUCGUAGACAAUGGUAAAUCUUCCAUGUUUGUGUGCUCGCACUCGAAUGCUUACACACCAACCGUUCACAAUCAAAAUUAUCUUGUAUACCUAAUUUAACAUUCGAUGUUACCUGUUUGCUUAGUACAGUUUGAAAACUUAGUUGUUGAAAUAAAAUAAAUCGUUUGAGAAACUCAUCGUUACAUUCGCGUCGAACUAAAAUAAAUUAUGUAAUUGAACUAUGGAUAUGUUUUAGUUAGCAAACUGCAUAUAAAUAUGUAGUGUAUAAAUUAGGCUUUUAUUACACAUUAAAAUAUAAUAAAGGUUUUAUAUAGAUAUAA